GAUAGAUAGAUAGGUAUGUAGUAAACUAGAUAGAUAGAUAGAUAGGUAUAUAGUAAACUAGAUAGAUAGAUAGCUGGUAAAAAGAAAGGCUGGAACUAGAGUAACUAAGGGUUGAGGUAUUCAGUCUAGAAUUGUUGGAUCAAAAAUAUCGGAAAAUAUUGAGAACUUGGGAUAUAUUCAGUUCAGAAUGCCUGCUAGUGGGGGAGGUGUCCUAACCUCAGAAUAUGGACCUGGUCCAAUUCCGGGUCCUAGUCCUGAGUCCAGUCCUAGUCCAGGUUCAGGUCCUAGUCCUAGCUCUGGUCCUAGUUCACUGCUUCCAGUUCCAAUUGAUGUUUGGAGAGUUAACACAGUCCCAAACAUUCAAGAGACUGUGAAGGGACCAACAGGAGCGAGUUCAAAUAUAUCCUUAGAAAGAGCAUCUAACAGCGCUAAAAUGAGAAUUAUAAAACUGGAGAAGAGUUUGGUCUGGCUGCAGCAGCAGCAUAGACAGAUGUUAGCAGACCUCUUUAAUGAGAUAGAAACAAUGAAGAAUAAAAAUAGAGAACUUCAAUUCCAGCUUCUAAUGAGUGGAGUAGACCCUGACACCUUGAAACAAACAGAAAUCAAAAUUUCAAGGCAGGUUAUGGUGCUGCAUAACCUGCUGAGCAGCCUUGCCAAGCCAUAA